AUGCAUGGCGCGUACGCAGGCCACGAUGCGGAAGCCAUAGCCAAGGGCAUUGCCGAUGCAGAAGCCUCAUGGCCUGAACACAAAGACGCGAUGGCUCUGAUCCAGAUCCCCGCCUACCAGCAGCGUCGCGCAUGGGUCGCGCAACAAGCGGCAGAAGAGGAAGGCAGAGCCUGGGCACAGGAGUAUUGGCACAGAAUUGGAGAGACAGGUGACCGUGUGCCCUUGCAUGGCUGCCAGAAAGCAGAUCGCCCCGGGGUAUGCAAAAGCGACUUCCCCCGCGAAGCCUGGGUCACGCCGGUCGCAGCAGUACUGUGCCCAUGCCAAGCAGAAGCGCACGGUAUGGCCACGCAAGGUCGGAAGAAUCGCGUUGGAGCAUUGCACGGUCCAUAUGGCAACGAGUGGCUGAAUUGCUGUCACCCAGCAACGCUAGCCAGUCUACGUGGAGCAAAUGUUGACGCGCAAGUCCCGUACCGGCUCCCGUUUGAUUGCCAGCGAUGUGGGUCUGACCUGUCUGCAGCACAGCGGCAAGAGAUAGUUCGCGCAGCGCAACGGGCACAGGAUGCGCAGACGGGGUACUGCGCGGACUACUGCGCUGGCUUCACUUUGCUGUUUGCUGCCAUUGCUACGGUGACCGUUGGCACGAUCAUCUCCUAUGUUGGGAACAAUGAGGUUUGCAAACCCCACACUGUGUGGCUGAUCAUUUUCAUCCUGCUGAGUUAUGCCACAGCAGUCUUUGUCUACUGCAUCUCCACCUACGCAGACCCUGCGCAGCGCGUGGUCACGAACCUUCUGAAUCUCUGCAUCACCUCGUUUACCCCUGCCAGAAACAACAGGAGAUUGCAGGUGCGCCUCAACUCCAGGAUUUGCCAACAAGUGUGGGCGCGGCCGCCUUUAAUCCGAAUCUGCCCUGUGAGCAGCUGUGGACGGACGGGUGGUCCAUCUCCAGCUAUGUGGCGGAACCAUGGGCAAUAUGGAUUGCACCUGCGCAACCGGGACGCAGACAGGGCAGCGAAGGAGAUUGCCAGGUCCAUCUCCCCUAUGUUUCCAGAUUGUAGAUUGUCUUCGAUGUGGAGUCUUCAAAGGUGACUUCGCACGGUCCCUCAAAGCUCUGGUAUAGGCUCGGCGGUUUGGGCCAUCAACUGCGGGGACAGGGUUGCAAAAUCAAGGGUGUCUGCAAGCUUGAGCAGGUCUAGGACGUGUUGUUUUGUAGUCAAAACAAUGCCAGCUUGCGAGAUCCCUUGCUGCUCUUCUUCAACUGGGGUUGUUCCAAAUGUAAUCUGGCUUGUCAGAUUUGUCUGACGGCUGGCUAUAGGUGGUGCCUGGGAGGCGCUGGAUGUCUGCUUUGGGCUGGAGGUGUCCAUGCCAUUGAAAAAAUCCGCAAGAUCAGCCAACGCUUGAGGAUUUGAGCAAGCGUCUGGAGGUGGGCCGAAGCUCCCGUCUGUGUCCAGUGAUGGCACUGCAUGGUGGACAGCAGUGGUAAGAGUAUGUGAAGUCUGGCAUAAACUUCAGCCACGAUCUGGUACCCGCACAUGUCCUGGUGGGGGACGAGACGAAAUUCUGACCAUGUAGCCGAUGUCUGCCCUGAUUCUCUGGAUCAGCGGAAGAAAUCUUCCGGCUGAUUACGGUGGAGAGGUCAGGUAUAGAGAUGGGCUUGGUGGUUAAUCUUGUAGCAUGUUGCACCGAUCGGCAUUGCAAGGUGUCGGCCCAUUGAGUAGCAGCUGAUCAGCGCAGCAUGGAUCUUGGUCCCUCCAAGGUGUGUGUGUCCAAGGAGCGCCAGCGCCUGCGUGGUGCUGGAUGCUGUGCUCUAUGUGCACCCAGCCAGGGAGAUCGAAAUUUUUCCCCGUGACCAUCCACGCUUUGUUGCAGCGUCCGAUGCUGCCUGGGAGAUUCCAUGACAAGGAGCGUCUUGGCUUUGUCUCCGGAUUUUCCGGGCCAGCUCUAUGAUGUGUGGUCUCCAGGCCGGCAAGGGACCUGGUACAUCGACAACACGGCAGCCCUGCUUUCGUUGAUCAAAGGCCGAUCUUCUAGCACUGACCUUGAGCAAAUGAGACAUCUUUUGCUGUUUUCGCUUUGUUGCUGGAUUUACUGGGAAUGGGUGCCAUCCAAAUCCAAUUGGGCUGACGCGAUCAGCCGGGAGGGAUUUGAGGAUCUAUAAUGGUUUUUCCAGUGCCCUCGC